GCGCAUGCUCAGGGAGAGACAAAGACCCGGAUUGAAGGCGAGCGAGAGAAAGGGAAAGAGAUAAACAAAGAGAGACAAAAGAGCUCGGAGAAGGAAGUAAACACGGGGGUUGGGGAGGGGAGUAAAGAAAGAGUCAAGUAGAAGGUGAGAGACAGAGGAAAAGGGAAAGCGGGAAAAUAAGAUAAGAGGAAGGAGACAGACAGACGACACUUCACGGAGCGGCACCGAGCCCAUGGCAGCGAACCAGGAGCCAGUUGUCAUUCAAGAUGGUAAAUCUGUUGAACAAAAUGCAAAUGUUGUCUGUGAAGUCGAUUUUCCAACAAUUCUGCGAAGCAAUGAUGUCAUGGAUCCAUCUGUUGAAUACAACAUGAAACACAGCAGGCGGGGGAUUGCUUUAAUCUUCAACCAUGAGCGCUUUUUCUGGUACCUCGGUUUACCUGAAAGAGGAGGAACAAAUGCUGAUAGAUUCAAUCUGGAUAGAAGGUUAAGAGAUCUGGGGUUUGAUGUACGUGUUUAUGAUAAUUACAAAUCAUCAGAAGUGUUGCAGAUAAUUCACGAAGUGGCUACUUCAGAUCACUCUGACGCGGACUGCUUUUUAUGUGUCUUUCUUAGUCAUGGGGAGAACAAUCACAUUUUUGCUUUUGAUGCAAAAAUAAACUUGCAAGAAAUAACUGAGCGUUUCAGAGGUGACAAAUGCCCUUCUCUGGUUGGAAAGCCUAAAAUAUUUAUUAUUCAGGCCUGCAGAGGAGACAAACAUGAUGAGCCAGUAAUGCCCAAGGAUGAAGUAGAUGCAAAACAGCCUGUAGUGAAUGAAGUGGUUGUUGAUGCAGGAACCAUGCCUACAUUACCUGCUGGUGCAGAUUUCAUUAUGUGCUAUUCAGUAGCUGAAGGUUUCUACUCUCAUCGAGAAACUGUAAAUGGCUCCUGGUACAUCCAGGACUUCUGCACGUUGCUUGAGAGCCAGGGUGCUCAACUUGAGUUCACUGAGUUUCUUACAUUGGUGAACAGGAAGGUGUCACAACGCAGUGUGGAAAGAUGUGCUGAUCGUGAUGCAUUAGGAAAGAAGCAAGUUCCUUGCUUUGCAUCAAUGCUAACAAAGAAAUUAUAUUUUAAACCCAAAACUGCAUAACAGCUUUGUUUAUUUUGGUGUAGCCUCCAUCUCCCUUGUAAAGAAAGCAAAUUCCCAAUUUUGAGCUGUUAGAACUAUAUUCUUGCAAAAUUGGUUCUGUACACAAUAGGAGUAGUACAUGUACAUUUCCAAACUCAGUAGUUGAGGUCAAAAUAUAUUGACCUUAAAUGAGAUUUACUAUGUUGUCAUGCAAUCCCAAGAAACUCCCUAAAUUAUUCACAAAAAAGGGCUAACCAAAGAUUAAGUUCUUUAUCCUUCUUUCCAAUCAUGUUAGUUAAAAUGUCCAAUUUUGUUUUAAAGAACAAAACCAAUCUCACUUUUUAGUCAGUUAUAGAAUUUUGUAAACUGCUAUUUCUUUACUUGACUAAAAAAAAACUCUCUUCUGUACUUCGGAAUUACUGGGGUGAAGGGCAACUUUUUUUAAAAAAUUCAGUUUUAUAUACUGACCAUAGCUGUCAUGAUUGUAUGUUAAUGUCCAUCUUUGAAUGCAUCUGAUGACUUUUAACUGUCAAAUUUUAAGGUGUUUUCUUACGUCUGAUGUAUUCCAUUAUUUCCUUCCUCCCAGCAUAUAGCACCAGCUCUUUCAUGUCACUGGGAAAGUAAGUAAUCAUGAUGUGAACCUACCAGUAACACAUGUUCUCCAGAAAAUCAUUGUACAGUUACUUGGUGCUGAACCUCAGGUUAACUUUUCCUUCUCACUGUUUCUUGAAGCUUAAGAACAUUUGUAGCAAAUAUUAGUCAAAACUUUAAACUGGAAGGUUUUCAGGGACGAUGUUUUUAUUUUGUUCAAUCAUGUUGUAUAAACUAAGAAAAUGAGCAACAGUUUUGACUAUAGCUGUGAACUGUAUGUAUUUUCACUCCUGCUAAUUAUGUAAGUGUUCUAAUUUUAAAUUCAACUCUUUUUUUUGUUGGAUAGUCUUAAUUACUGUAUUCACACGCUUCAGUAAAAGCAACAGAUUGGUUGGUUGUGUAUUUAAAUCUUUAGUUGUGGAAGAUUAAAAUCAUCAAAUUGAACAUCACAAGAA